CCCUAGGGGCUGCCGCUGGGCUAGCGAGGCGGUGCGCGGCCGCCGAGGUUGGCCGCCGCAGCCCGGCCGGAGCGGGCGGGUCCAGGCUCCGCCCCGCGUCCUCCCAGCCCGGGCACCCGCAGCGCCGCAUCGGAACCCAGGAUCUGGAGCCCAAACUUGUAACCCUAGCAGACAGUUUUGCAUUCCAGUACCAAUGGUGAGAAGAUGAACUGCUGCAUUUUGGACAAGCUGAAGUUUGGAAUGCUGGGACAUAAAGAACCCAUUAAGAAGGAAAUUACAAUAGUUAAGAGGAGAUGAAGAGCUGCAAAAAGUAUCUGAAGUAGAAUGGAAGCGUCAGUAAUAUUACCCAUUCUGAAGAAAAAGUUGGCAUUUCUUUCAGGAGGGAAGGACAGAAGAAGUGGCCUCAUUCUGACGAUUCCAUUAUGCCUUGAACAGACGAGCAUGGAUGAGCUGAGUGUCACACUAGACUAUCUUCUAAGUAUACCAAGUGAGAAGUGUAAAGCUCGAGGAUUCACUGUGAUAGUGGAUGGCAGAAAAUCUCAGUGGAACGUGGUAAAGACAGUUGUGUUAAUGCUCCAGAAUGUUGUUCCAGCUGAGGUGUCACUUGUUUGUGUAGUAAAGCCAGAUGAAUUUUGGGAUAAGAAGGUUACACAUUUCUGCUUUUGGAAAGAGAAAGAUAGACUUGGCUUUGAGGUUAUUUUAGUAUCUGCUAACAAGCUGACACGAUAUAUAGAACCAUGCCAACUAACAGAAGACUUUGGAGGAACUCUCACCUAUGAUCACAUGGAUUGGUUGAAUAAGAGGCUGGUAUUUGAAAAGUUCACUAAAGAAUCAACAUCUUUACUGGAUGAGCUUGCUCUAAUUAACAAUGGAAGUGAUAAAGGAACUCAACAAGAGAGAGAGAGAUCAAUAGAUUUGAACUUCCUUCCAUCAGUUGAUCCUGAGACAGUAUUGCAGACAGGUCACGAGUUACUCUCUGAGUUACAGCAGCGUCGGUUCAAUGGAUCUGAAGGAGGGGUCUCCUGGUCUCCCAUGGACGAUGAGCUGCUGGCUCAGCCACAGGUCAUGAAGCUGUUGGACUCCCUCAGAGAGCAGUACACCCGCUACCAGGAGGUUUGUAGGCAGCGAAGCAAACGCACACAGCUAGAGGAGAUUCAGCAGAAGGUAAUGCAGGUUGUCAAUUGGCUUGAAGGACCUGGAUCAGAACAGCUAAGAACCCAGUGGGGAAUAGGAGAUUCCAUUAGAGCUUCACAAGCUUUGCAACAGAAGCAUGAAGAGAUUGAGAGUCAGCAUAGUGAGUGGUUUGCUGUUUAUGUUGAGCUUAAUCAGCAGAUAGCAGCUCUUCUAAAUGCAGGGGAUGAGGAGGACCUUGUGGAAUUGAAAGCAUUGCAGCAACAGCUGAGUGAUGUGUGUUACAGGCAGGCCAGUCAGCUGGAAUUCAGGCAGAACCUAUUACAAGCAGCACUUGAAUUCCACAGUGUUGCCCAGGAUUUGUCUCAGCAAUUGGAUGGUUUACUAGGAAUGUUGUGUGUGGAUGUAGCACCAGCAGAUGGAGCAUCAAUUCAACAAACAUUGAAACUACUGGAAGAGAAAUUGAAAAGUGUUGACUUAGGCUUGCAGGGCUUGCGUGAGAAAGGUCAAAGUCUUCUUGAUCAGAUAUCUAACCAGGCAUCAUGGGCCUAUGGGAAAGAUGUGACCAUUGAAAACAAAGAAAAUGUGGACCAUAUCCAAGGAGUGAUGGAAGAUAUGCAGCUAAGAAAACAAAGGUGUGAGGAUAUGGUGGAUGUGCGGCGACUGAAGAUGCUUCAGAUGGUGCAGUUAUUUAAAUGUGAAGAGGAUGCUGCUCAGGCAGUAGAAUGGUUAAGUGAACUGUUGGAUGCUCUGCUGAAGACACACAUCCGACUGGGAGAUGAUGCUCAAGAAACAAAAGUUUUACUGGAGAAACAUCGAAAAUUUGUUGAUGUUGCACAGAGUACUUACGAUUAUGGGAGACAGUUACUGCAGGCAACAGUGGUCCUAUGCCAGUCCUUGCGAUGCACUUCAAGGUCCUCAGGGGACACACUUCCCAGACUGAACAGAGUGUGGAAACAGUUUACAGUGACUUCUGAAGAAAGAGUACACCGGUUGGAAACAGCUGUUGCAUUUCAUUCAACUGCUGAAAAGAUUUUGCAGGAAUGUCCAGAGCAGCCUGAAGCUUUUAAUGAAAUGGAUCAAUUUGAUGAAAUUGAAGCAGUUGGGAAAUCACUGUUGGACAGACUAACAGUGCCUGUAGUUUAUCCCGAUGGGUCUGAGCAGUACUUUGGGAGCCCAAGUGAUAUGGCUUCUGCAGCAGAGCACAUCAGGGAGAAGAUGAAGUUAGUUAGCCUGAAAAAGCAGCAGCUGAGACAACCAGAAGCCACUACCCCAGAGAGCUAAUACUGACCUUGUCUAUGAAUUCAUAACAGGACUUCAGUUUGUAAUCCAGCAUGUUGUUUGCAUAUUACAGAAUUUGGUAUAAUAUAUUAAAAUGCAUUUCACAGCU